GUAGUCCCGGACCGUGGUGCCUCAGAGGGACGCCACAUUCUCGAUAAGCAGCACCUUGCCCCGCAGGGAACCCAGGCUCACAGGCUCCCCGGCCAGCGGGCGCCCCGAGAAGGUGUACACCGACUGGGCAGCCGCCGCCGCCGCUAGCCGAGCAGCACACAAGGCGCAGCUAUUCGAGGAGCUAAGGGAGCGCCCCGAACCAGCCGCGGGAGUGUAUUUUUAAAACAAAUGAUUUUAAUUCAUUCACAGUUUCCUAGCAACCAGGAAAAAGCAAGUUUUCCUGAUGUCUGUGAGCACCAGCCUGAGAUGCGCAGAUGCUCCAGCAUGCCUCCAGAAGCAGAGAAAGAACAAAAGCACUGGAAUCGGUCUCCGCCUCUAGGCUCAGAGAAGCUGGGUCUUCCCACAGGAUAUCAAGUGUAGUGUUAGCUGCCGAUACCUGCUCAGCCGGCUAAGCCUUUAACCAUGGAAAGAAGGCUCAUAAAGAAGGAGAUGAAAAAGCUCUUGGGAGAUUAUAUUGGCAUCAGACUUCGGGAAAAUGAAUUUGACCCAAAAGGAAGAAGGCAACUCACCUUUCUAGAUGAUAUGGCACACUAUGACUUGGCCAUCAAGGUUGCUUUGCAAUGGCUGGAUCCCUCAGAAGACUUAGCUUGGCUGGAGUGGGAGGAAGUGAAAAUGCCAUUCCAUGGCAGACCCAUAUAUCCAAAUCGUAAAGAACGAGAAGCUAUGAUUUUAUCAUCUUAUGCUGGAAUCUUAAUGAACAGUAUCCCAAUUGAGGAAGUGUUUAACAUUUAUGGGGCUGAUUCUUCUGCCAAUUCUGGUACCAUCAAGGUUCCCCGAGUUUCAUCUCUCCACCUCUCCUUGCACCCCUUUGCCAUGUUAACAGCACCCAAAGCGGCAGAAUACGCCCGCAAACAGAGUAAGCCUGUUUACUUUCAUCUGCUUAGAGAAAUGUGUCAAGUCAAGAAAGGGAACAGCAAACAAAAAUGCCACCAGCAGCUCUACGAAGGAAGCAAAUGCCACGGAAUGGAAACCAUCGCAGAGGUUUUCAGACACAGCCAAAGAACAAAUCAGAGUCUCCCUCUGUUGCCCAGCCUGGAGUGCAGUGGCACAAUCUCAGCUCACUGCAACCUCCACCUCCUAGGUUCAAGUGAUUCUCCUGCCUCAGCCUCCCAAGUUGCUGGGACUACAGGUCACUUAGAAAAUUGGAAGUGUACCAUGGAACUUCAUAGUAGAGUCUCUGGGAGCAGACAAGAAGCAUCAUCUUAAAACCGCAGUUCCUGCCAGUACAUUUUUCUUUACAACUAGUUUUUGAUACAGCUGCAUUGAAGUGUUAUUUUUGAUGUUGAGCUUUUUUCUUUUAGAAGCAUAUUGCAUGGCUACAUUUUGUUUAAAAAAUCUAUGAUCUUAUGCUACUUCACUGUGACUGGAAGACUGUUGAGAAUUCAGAGAGUAUAUAGCAUUUCUGUGACGGAGCAAGAUGGCUCUGUGGCACAUUUUACAAACAUAUGGCACUGAACAUUGCACAGUGUUGGAGAAGGAAGCAGUUUUCCGAAGAGUUAAUCCAAAAUAAAAUUAAUCUGUCAUUGAUUGCCUUUACUGUGUUCUCAUAUGAAAAUAUUGUUAAAUCAUUUCAAUAAAGCAUUAAAAGAAAAAUGA